CCACCACCCCCCCCCCCCCCCCCCCCCCACCACUCUCACGCUCCUCCGAUUCAAAACCAUGAUAGUAGAAGACCAACACCGCGGACCGCCGCACGGCAUCUUGCUCGCGGUGGUGGUGGCGGUGGUGCUGUUCGUUCCCACCAUGCUCGGCGAAAACGGCGAGGCUAUAACGGAGUUCAUCUCCGAGCUGCUCAGCCCCGCGGGGAUGCUGCUCCUCCCCAUUAUCCUCCUCCUCGCCAUCCAGUUCCUCUCCUCCGACACCGGCGGCUCCUUCGUCUCCGCCAUCUUCUCCACCGGCGAGCCCAACACCAUCCACCGCGUCAGCGGCUCCCCCGUCGGCGUCGCCCUCCUCCUCGUCCUCAUCCUCUUCCUCCUCUACAACAAGGUCUCCAUCUUCGGCGGCGAUGAUGAUUCCGGCGACUAAACCGUAAAUAAGGGUUUGUUUGGUUUAGAUCUCAGCUUUUUUUUUUCUUUUUUAUUUAUUAUUUUUAUUAGUACAAACGUAUAGUAUUGUGUGCACGUAGGAAGGUUGUAUCAUGAAAAAGAUCUUUCGUUGUAUGAUGGGGUUUGAUGAUUGUAGUUUUACAUAAAUACCCCAGGGAGACAAAGACAAGCCAAUGGGCAAUGUGAGAGAUUUUUGAGGGCAUUUAUGUCAUUAGAAAAUUCUACUUUGAA